AUGCCUACCGCGGACUCAACGUUACAAAAGGUGAAAAAGAAAAAGUCCAAGAAGCAAGACGAAGAGCAACACUCGGACAUGGAGCCCGAAACAUCAACGUCGACGUUCAAACCCCCGCCUGGCUUCCAGGAAAUGAAAUACAAUUUGGAUGCACGAGAGUUUGAUUGGGAUGCGUUCGACAAGAAUCCAGACCUCGAAUUGUGGGCCAUCCGAUUGCCUUCGAAUGCAAGAGCCCUUGUUUUGUCUGAAGUUGUCACAUCUGGACCAGUCGAAGCGACUGUUACAGAGCCGGACAUAGGGCGACUACCUCUACCCAGUUCUACCCGACAUUCACACCCUGCACAUCUCUUGAAACACAAGUUUGUGCCGACUGCCGUACCAAAUGACGCAGAGUCUAUCCAGCUCAGGGAUCGAGACGUGAAUGCGAUGGAUAUUGUAGAGGAAGACACAAAUGACAACAGAGAUCCAGAGCCGUCGUCUCCUAGAAAACAUAAGAAGCGCAAGAAAGAGGAUCUAAAGGCGGAGCAAAUAUCCAAGAGGCCACGCGUAGAAUGA